AUGGGAUUUAGAGAUUUUGAGAAGUUUAAUGAUGCCUUACUUGGCAAGCAAGUCUGGAGACUUUUUACUAAACCAAACAGUCUGGUAGCAAGAGUACUCAAAGGGAAAUAUUAUCCUAAUACAACCGUUCUUAAUGCUGGGAGUCGGAAACAAGCUUCUUUCUUUUGGAAUUCUGUUCUUCAUGGACAAUGCUUAUUGAAGAAAGGACUAAGAUUUAUUAUUGGCAAUGGUAAAUCUGUUAGUCUUUGGUCUGAUCCUUGGCUACCCACUUCUCCACCUCGGCCACCAAUCCCUCUGGAUCCAAAUAACACUCUCAUAAAGGUUUCUGAACUCCUCAAGCAGAAUCAAACAGGAUGGAAUGAGGAUUUGAUUCGUGAAUCAGUUAUAGCAGCAGAUGCAGAGGAAAUUCUAGCCAUGAAGCUUUGUCCUUUUGCAGAAUCUGAUCAUCUAGUAUGGCACUACAAUAAGUCUGGUGAUUACUCGGUUAAAUCAGGGUACUGGUUGGCAACACAUGAUGAUGCAGAGAAUCAAGUUGAACCACCUCCUGGAAAUCUCAGCAUCAAAACAAUGAUAUGGAAGUUACCAACAGCACCGAAGCUACAACAUUUUCUAUGGAAGAUGAUCACUAGUUCCUUACCAUUAGGGAGCAAUCUACAGCGUCGUCGUGUUACAAACUCUAUCAAAUGUCCCCACUGUUUUCAAGAGGAAACAACUGACCAUUUGUUCUUUGAAUGUAUCUAUGCACAAAGGAUAUGGAGAGCCUCAGGUCUACCACACAAUGUUCUUCUUCAACCACAAAUGGCCUUUGAAGACAAGCUUACUGCGAUCAUACAACAAGUUCCAACACUUCCGGACCAUCUACGACACCUUCCAUGGUGGAUCCUCUGGCGAAUAUGGAAAUGCAGAAACAAGAUGCUCUUCCAGAACCAAACUAUACAUUGGAGAUCAACGCUACAAGCAGCAUACUUUGAUACAAAAGAAUGGUUGGAAGCCUAUCAAUUCUUAGAUACUGAUAAUAACAGAAGGAGUCAAAACAGGAAUGUGGAAACACAGCAACACAAAUGGAUCCGACCACCAUCUGGAUAUACAAAAUGCAACUAUGAUGGAGCUUUUAGUAAUACAGAGAGAGGAGCGAAAGCAGGAUGGAUAAUAAGAGAUGAUAUGGGAAUAUUCAAAGGAGCAGCAAAUGCCACAACACGUUAUCCUAAAACGGCUUUGGAAGGAGAAUUACAAGCUCUGUUAUUUGCAAUGAUGAACUGA